AUGGGCCGCACUAUGAUGAACUACAACGUGCACGAGGGCCACCUUGAGGCCAUGGCGCACGGCUACCGCGACGCCCUUCUCCGUGCCGAUGAGUACAACCACCUCUGCCAGUGCGAUAACCUCAGCGACAUGAAGAGUCAGCUGCAGAUCACCGACUACGGAAGCUUUUUGCAGCAGGAAGGCACGCUGACCUCGCGGGUCAUAGUCGAUCGCGCGCAGGAAGUGCUCUUGAGGCAGUUCAGGGAGCUCCGCUCCUGGGCCGAACCGCCGCUGUGUCAGUUUCUCGAUUUUAUUAGCUGCGAGUACAUGCUGUCAAACGUGCUGAAGCUUAUCGUGGCGAAGCGCAGUGGCCGUACCAACUUCGAGCUGCUCACCAAGUGCCACCCCCUCGGCGUCUUCCCGGAGAUGCCGACGCUAAUCGCCGCCUCGGACGUGCAGGAGAUGUUCGAGGUGGUGCUCAUCGACAGCCCUGUGGGGCGUUUUUUUAGCGCCGACGGCGGCUUCGAGCGCGACUUGGAUGAGCUCUCGGUGGAGUACAUCCGCGGCAUCCUCAUGAAGAACUACUACGAGCAGUUCUACGACUUCUGCUACAACCUUGGUGGGGAGACGCGCGAGGUGAUGUGCCCCCUGUUGGACGCCGAGGCAGAUCGCAUGGUUCUCACCUUCACGCUGAACACGCUGGGCAUGAGAGAGAUCACGCCGGUGGACCGUCGCAAGGUGUUCCCGAACAUCGGCUCCCUCGUCGACAUCCACGACGACAUUGCGGAAAGCGAGAACGAGGAGCAGUUGCGCGACCGCCUGCGUCGCUUCACGAAGUACUUCGAGCUGCUCGACGAGAGCAGCCGUGCAAUGGGCUCGGCGUCUAAAAAGUCGCUGGAGCGGCGCUUUGUUGAGCAGUUGGUCGUCAUGUACAACGACGCCAUGACGCGGCAGUUUCAGUACGGUGUCUUCUAUGCCUACGUGAAGCUGAAGGAGCUGGAGAUCAAUAACCUUCAGUGGAUCGCCGACUGUGUCGUUCAGCAGAUGCGAAACCGCCUGCACGAGUAUGUGAGCACCGUGCCGUACGCUCAGUAG